UCCAAUAUUCGAGCAUAAACCAAAAUAAAAAAACAACAGACUUUGAGUCUUGUCUUGUUACCUUUAAAGAAGUCUGGCAUUACAAUUAAGCCGUGUAACUUCCGUACCAGUUUGAUCAACUUUAGUGUGUGUGUUUCUUAGCAUUUAGUAUGAAAAAACACUGUGUGCUUUUUACCGUUUACUAUUUUAAUACAGUAUUGAUUUCGCACAUUUAUAAGUUGGACAUUAUUGCAACAGAAAGUCGGAUAUUGUGGUCUUUAUCUUAUAUUCAACGGAGUAAAAUCGAGUGACUGAAUUUUAAAAAUAGUUAUGAGCACCAAUGGCUUUAUGUGAUAUGUCGGAACUAAAACGGAUCCUUUUGGUAUUGACAGGUUUGUCCCUGACCUUGGUACUUCUGCAAUUUAAAAAUCUUGUAACCGGAAAAAAAAAUCACUUCAUUAGAAGACAGCAAGAUUCUGCCAUACAAUUUGAAGAUCGUGUCUGGAACGAACAUCUUGAACAUGACAAUGUUUAUAAAGGUGGUCGUUUGUUGACAAAGGACACUCUAGAGAAUAUAAAAACUGUAAGUAUAGAGCAGUGUCGUAGUCAGAGGUUUUUGGUAUUCAAAUGUGAUUCCUCUAUUAUAUGUGGAGGUUUGGCUGACCGUCAGAAAGGCAUUGUGUCUUCUUUUCUACUGGCACUACUUACGAAUAGGACUUUUGUCGUCGAUAUGACAAUGCCGUGCGACCUAAACAACUUUCUCUUGCCAAAUAUUUACAAUUGGUCUAUGUGUAGAGAGGUUCUUAAGGCUGUUCCAAAGGAAAACGUCAUUGAAUUAAAUUAUGUUACUACAAAAAGAGAGAAAUUCCUCCAUCAAAUUAGCAGUUUUAAUUUUGACAGAAACUGGACAAAGAAAGUGAUAGUUUUACGAAUUAACGCCUAUGCAAUAGAUUGGAUUAGACAGCAUAGACAAGCUAAAGCACGACUGAAAUGGUUGAUGGAUAUAACAGAUGAAGAAGCAAUACAUUUAGUUCUACAUACUCUGUUUAAACCAAACCAAAAACUAUUGAAGGAUGUCGUACAAUUUUAUGAUAAUCGUGUACUGGGAAGGCAUUUAGUAUGUAGCCAUAUUCGAAUUGGGAAAAAUCCAAGCAUUCCAGCCGACUAUAGACGUCCUCGGGGAUCAUCAAAUGAAACUCUGAUAUUUCAUUUUUUGGAAGCGUACGAUGAUGUCCAGAAAUAUGUCAUUUACAUUGCUUCCGAUUCAGAAGAUAUAAAAAGUCAUGCUGAAACCCGAUUAAAAUCUUACAUUAAUGUAAAUCGAACAAUUGUUCAUGUGGACCGGCUUGGAAAGCUAAAACAUUAUACAAAAGAAGCUUGUGAGGGAUUGUAUACAGCACUUUUGGAACAAUUAAUUCUCACUUUGUGCGACACACUUAUUUUAACACGUAGUUGCUUUGGGACCAUGGCAGCGUAUAUAAGAGGCGUCUCUGACAAUAUAUUUUUGUUUCUACCGAAAACGCAACAAAUACUUAAAACAAAUUUAACUAACAUUCAAUCCAUUUUCAGAUUUCGCUUUCUUAAAGGUUUCUAGGAUAUGAAAAUCAUAAGUACAAAUUUAAGCAAUGACAGUUAAAGAGUAGCUAAGAAAUAGUAACUUGUCCCAGUUAAUACCUGACGUUUAGGUUAAAAACAUGGCAUAUUAAGGUAUUUGUGCAUGUUUGAUGUACUGGGAGUCAUACCGUAACAUCAUUCAUCAGGAAAACGUAAAAUAAGAACUGUGUGAAGUUGGCUAAACAAACAACAUAAAAAAAAAUUUGAAUGUCGUUCAGUACACGAAAUAUGACAUACGACAUUGAAAAAAGUCGAAUGUCGUGAAAAAACGACAUUGGAUAUAGACAUUCGAACUUUGACAUGCAAAAUUUGAAUGUCAUUCAGUGCACGACAUACGACAUUCGAAAAAAGUUAAAUGUCGUGCAAUAAACGACAUUGGACAUACGACAUUCGAACUUUGACAAAAAAUUGAAUGUCGUUCAGUGCGCGACUUACGACAUUCGAAAAAAAUGAAUGUCGUGCACUGAACGACAUUCAAAUUGUGCAUGUCAAAGUUCGUAUGUCGUUUGUCCAAUGUCGCAUUCAAUUUUUUUCGAAUGUCGUAUGUCGUAUGUCGCGCACUGAAUGACAUUCAAAGUUUUUGUUCAAAGUUCGAAUGUCGUAUGUCCAAUGUCGUUUUUUUGCACGACAUUCAACUUUUUUCGAAUGUCGUAUGUCGUAUGUCGCGCACUGAACGACAUUCAAAGUUUGCAUGUCAACGUUCGAAUGUCGUAUGUCCAAUGUCUUGCAAUAAACGACAUUCAACUUUUCUCGAAUGUCGUAUGUCGUAUGUCGCUCACUGAACGACAUUCAAUUUUUUUAUGUCAAAGUUCGAAUGUGGUAUGUCCAAUGUCGUUUUUUGCACGACAUUCAACUUUUUUCGAAUGUCGUAUAUCGUAUGUCGCGCACUGAACGACAUUCAAUUUUGCAUGCCAAAGUUCGAAUGUCGUAUGUCCAAUGUCGUUUUUUGCACGACAUUCAACUUUUUUCGAAUGUCGUAUGUCGUAUAUCGCGCACUGAACGACAUUCAAAUUUUGCAUGUCCAAGCUCGAAUGUCGUAUGUCCAAUGUCAAUUUUUUGAACGACAUUCAACUUUUUUCGAAUGUCGUAUGUCCAAUGUCGUGCUCUGAACGACAUUCAAAUUUUGCAUAUCAAAGUUCGAAUGCCGUAUGUCCAAUGUCGUUGUUUUCACGACAUUCAACAUUUUUUGAAGUCGCACUGAACGACAUUCAAAUUUUGCAUCUCAAAGUUCGAAUGUCGUAAGUCCAAUGUCGCAUUCAACUUUUUCGAAUGUCGUAUGCCGUAUGUCUUGCACUGAACGACAUUCAAAUUUUGCAUGUCAAAGUUCGAAUGUCGUAUGUCCAAUGUCAUUUUUUGCACGACAUUCAACUUUCUUCGAAUGUGGUAUGUCGUAUUUUGAGCACUGAACGACAUUCAAAUUUUAUUGUCACUGUUCGAAUGUCGUAUGUCCAAUGUCGUCUAUUGCACGACAUUUAAUUUCUUUCGAAUGUCGUAUGUCGCGCACUGAACUACAUUUCAAUUUUGCAUGUCAAAGCUCGAAUGUCGUAUGUCCAAUGUCGUUUUAUGCACGACAUUCAACUUUUUUCGAAUGUCGUAUGUCGUAUGUCGCGCACUGAAAGACAUUCAAUUUUUGCAUGUCAAAGUUCGAAUGUCGUAUGUCCAAUGUCGUGCAGUAAAUGACAUUCAACAUUUUUCGAAUGUCGUAUGUCGCGCACGGAACGAAAUUCAUUUUUAAUCACAGUUCGAAUGUCGUAUGUCCAAUGUCGUUUAUUAUAUGACAUUCAACUUUUUUCGAAUGUCGUAUGUCGCGCACUGAACGACAUUCGAUUUUUUUAUGUCAAAGUUCGUAUGUCGUAUGUCCAAUGUCGUGCAAUAAACGAAAAUCAACUUUUUUCGAAUGUCUUAUGUCGUAUGUCGUGCACUGAAGGACACUCAAAUUUUAUGUCACAGUUCGAAUGUCAUGUGUCCAUAUCGUUUAUUGCAUGACAUUCAAAUUCUUUCAAAUGUCGUACGUCGUAUGUCGUGCACUGAACGGCAUUCAAUUUUUGCAUGUCAGAAUUCGAAUGUGGUACGUCCAAUGUCGUUAAUUGCACGACAUUCAACUUUUUUCGAAUGUCGUAUGUCGUAUGUCGCGCACUGAACGACAUUCAUUUUUUUUGUCACAGUUCGAAUGUCAUUUGUCCGAUGUCGUUUAUUGCACGACAUUCAACUUUUUCGAAUGUCGUAUGUCGUAUGUCACGCACUGAACGACAUUCAAAUUUUGCAUCUCAAAGUUCGAAUGUCGUAUGUCCAAUGUCGCAUUCAACUUUUGUUCGAAUGUCGUAUGUCGUAUGUCGCGCGCUGAACGAGAUUCAAAUGUUGCAUGUCAAAGUUCAAAUGUCGUAUGUACAAUGUCGUUUUUUGCACGACAUUCGACUUUUUUCGAAUGUCUUAUGUCGAGUACUGACCGACUUUCAAAAAAAUGUUUGAAUGUCGUAUGUCGUUUGUUUAGCCAACUUCACGCAAUUAUAAUAUUUAUGCUAUUCUCUGUGCGUCAAAUUGCAAUGUACUGUGUGAGUUACACUAAUCAUAUAUCAAUCAGACACCAACACUUCUAAGCAUACAUCCAUCAUACAGCAGUAUAUUAAAUUCUGUUCUUACAUGUUCACUGCAUUUCGCUAAAAGUAUGUCUCAAAACCAUGAUCCAAAUUUCCUGAAAUAGAAUGUUUUGAGACUUUUCUUGAAGAUUCCUAUAGAUUCUGUAUUUUGUACAUGUAUUGAAAGUUUCAAUGCAAUGUUAAGUUUGUUUUAAGCUUAUUUUAGAUAGAUUUCAUCUGUCAGUUACAGAACUGUUGUUUGGUUGUUUUGUAAGGAA